UUGUUCAUACAUCUAAUCAUAUUUCCUCCUAGACUUUUUAUUUAUAUAUUAUAUGCAUAAACACCCUUUUGAAGAAGCAACAACAGCACAAGAAAUAAAUGGAGGGCCAAGAACAUCUCAAAAAGUCUAAGGUUAUCAAAAUAGACUCGAAAAAAUCAUGGGAACAUUACAUCUCUUAUGCUACCAAUCAAAAUUACCUUGUUGUGGUUCAUUUCUCUGCUUUUUGGUGUGUGCCAUCUAUACUUAUGAAUUCUUUUUUUAAAGAAUUGGCCUCCAACUAUCAAGAUGUUCUUUUUCUAACAUUGGAUGUGGAUGAGGUUGAGGAAAUUGCCUCCAAGAUGGAAAUUAAAGCCAUACCUACCUUUCUAUUGUUGAGUGGAGGAAUUCCUGUGGACAAAAUUGUGGGUGCAAAUUCUGAUGAAAUAAGGAAAAGGGUUGAUCAUUUUAUUCAAUCAACUCCUUCAUAAGAUAUAUAUAUCUAUUAUGAAAAUAUAUAGUGAAAUGAACUAGGAGUUUACUAAAGCAGAAACUAUGUUGCUUGCGUGUAUGUUUGAGAAUAAGUAUUAUAGUGUGUAAUUUUUUAUUUUUUUGGUGCAAACAUUUUAGUGUGUAUUUAUUUUAA